AUGGAUGCCUACUCACAGGGAUGGGCUGGCAUGCCCUUUUCCGAGGUCGACGAUGCCUUUGCCACAUACCCUCAGUACCCUGCCACCAACUACAACGCCAUCCUAGCCAGCUCCAUGGAAGCCUACCAGGCUCAGCAUCACCACCUAGUCCACCACCAACCCAUGUCCCGCACCACCGAGUCCAAACCCCGCCUAUCCAAGGAUGAGGUCGACACUCUAGAGAAGGAGUUCCAGAAGAACCACAAGCCCAACAGCAGCACCAAGAAGUCUCUCGCAGAGGCUAUGAGGGUUGAGAAUGCCCGUAUCAACAACUGGUUCCAGAACCGGCGGGCAAGGGAAAAGAAGGAGAGGAAUAUUCGCGAGUACGAGGCCAAGCAGAAGCUUGAGAGGGAGCAAAAGGGCUCUUCCCACCCCGGAGGCUCAUCUAACCUUCCCACCCGCGGCAGCCACCUGGUGGCCUCGAGCGCGCCUUUCCCCAACGCCCCCCAUUCUUCAUCAUCGCCCUCGGCCGCCGCCAGCCCCGAACAGUCUCCCAUUCUCGACCAUGAGAGCGACGCUGCCGGCUCGGAUGACGCUGCCGAGACUCAUGCGGCCACUGACAUUUUCCGACUCCCCGACCAGCUCUUCAGCUUCGACAUGCCCGCCGCCACUCAGAUGUCCUACGAGUACUCCGGUACUUCCCCUUCCAACGGCACUUCGGAAGUCAACGAGCCCGUCAUCACGACCGAUGACGACGAUGACGCCGACUACUUCGUCAACACACACAACAACCCUUCCAUGCAGCAGUUCCAGCAGCUCUUCUCCCACAGCAUGCCCAAGAGGAACAACGCACUCGCAUCCCCGCCCGCCAUCGACAUCAACUCUCGCCGCAGCCGCAGCCGCCCUGCUCCUCUGUCCAUCGGUGGCUCGUCGCGGAGCUACUCGCUCGGCGUGCCCCGCACCGCCAGCAUCGACAACAUGAGCUACAGGAGAGGAUCCGACAUGAUGUGCCGCCGCGUCAUGUCUUCCUCGCGCAUCAACAAGCUCAACUCUGUGCCGCGCAGUCCCUUUCCCGUGAACUGGUCCCCCGCCUUUGGCCGAAAGAGCAGCAACAGCAGCAGCGAUACUGCUCCUCCGACCCCCGAGACGCCCAUGGCCGAUCAUAGCAACAUGGCUUCCAACAACGGUGCCGACAACUUGCUCAUGCCAUCUUCCGACCUCCACACCCCUCCCACCACACCCGGCAUCAGGCGCAACCUCUACAAUAGCAACAGCAAUCUGAACUCGUUCUACGACAUGUCGAUGCCCACAACUGACGCCAGCGUUGUUGCUUCUUCCAUGGUCAGCUUUCCCGGAUCCACCAGCAACAGCAGCCUGUCCAUGAUGACUCCCAACUACCUGGCCAACAGCAUGAGCCAGCCUCAGACGCCUUCUUUCGCAUCUCCCAUGGGCACGUCGCCACUCACCGGCCCCGAGUACACGUGGGCGGCAGGGGGCAUCAUGUCUGAGAGCUUCUCGCCCGAGGACCAGCACCAGUCUGCUGGCCCUCACUACUACAGCAUGUCCAUCCCUACCUUUGGCAUGGAGACGUGA